AAACCUCCCCAUAUUUUCUCUCUCCUCACUUACCUUACUCAUCUGUCACUCUGUCCCCCCCUCCUACUGUUCUUCCCACUCCCAUUUAAUUCCUUCCCCCUCCUCCUCUCUUCUUCUUCUUCUACCUUCAAUUCCUCAAUCUCUCUCUCAAAUUCUUGCUUCUCCCUUCCCCUUCAAUGGAGGAUUACUACUACCGCAGAAACUACAUUCCCUCCUUCGGCAACUGGGACUGGAACGACCACCUUCCUUUCACCCAGUGCUUCGACUCCUCCACAACCGCCGCUUACGCCGGCGCCGCCCAUGGCUACUCCGAGGUUCGCGACUUGUACGUCGCCGGCGAUUUGUAUCACAACGACGUCGUCACCCCCGCCAUGAUCGUCGUCCCUCGCUCCACGACGAAGCGUCACAGGCAGGUGAGGGAAGGGAAGAAGGAAACAGAUACAGAGACUGAAACUGCAACAGUGCAGCAAAAGGCAACGACCAAACCCAAGCCCAAGCCAGUUGACGAAGACCUCUACAAAAUCUCACCUCACCUUCUCUCUGCCAAGCCCAAAAAGAAGAGAGGGCUGAGUUACAUAGCAAGCUGCUUUGUACCAACUUGUUUGGUGUGAAGAAGAGACCAAUUUAACACCAAAGAGAGGAGAUCAAUGGAACAAAUUUAAUGUAAAUUUUCUUUUUAUAAUCAAAAUAGAGAGAGAGAGGGAAAAGACCAAACAGUGUAUAUGUUUUGGGAGUUUGGUUAUAAAAUAUAAUCUUUAUAGAGAGAGGGGAAGGGCUUUUUGGUAAUUUUCAACUUUAAUUUUUAAUUUUUGGGAGUGUGUUUUUUAAUUUAGGUGUUUUGGUUGGAGGAGAAGUAUUUGUACAAGGUUCUCCCAUUGGUUGCUACCUAUAUUAUUGGAGUUAAUGAAUAUUCUAAAUUUGUAUUAUGUUGUAAGUCCAAAAGUAAAAAGACCUCCAACUUUAUUGUGUGCU